ACCGCCCAGCGCCCGAGCCGCCGCUGUCCGCCACGGGCCCGCGCCGCGCAGGGGCCCUCCGCCCUCAGCAUGGUCCCCCGGCCGCCGCCCCUGUCGUGCGACACCUUCGUGGCGCUGCCGCCCGCCGCGCCCGGGGGCCGAGUGGUGUUCGGGAAGAACUCGGACCGGCCGGCAGAUGAGGUGCAGGAGGUCGUGCACUUCCCGGCCGCCGCGCACCCGCCCGGCGCCGUCCUGGAGUGCACCUACAUCAGCAUCGAGCAGGUGGAGAGGACCCACGCCGUGGUCCUGAGCCGCCCCUCCUGGCUCUGGGGGGCCGAGAUGGGCGCCAACGAGCACGGCGUGUGCAUCGGCAACGAGGCCGUGUGGGGCAGGGAAGAGGUCUGCGAUGGGGAAGCUCUCCUCGGCAUGGACCUCGUAAGGCUUGGACUUGAGAGAGCGGACACAGCUGAAAAGGCUCUUAGUGUCAUAGUUGAUUUGCUGGAAAAAUAUGGCCAGGGAGGAAACUGUAUGGAGAGCAACAUGGCAUUUACAUACCACAACAGUUUUCUGAUAGCUGACAGAAAGGAAGCGUGGGUGCUGGAGACAUCAGGAAAAUACUGGGCAGCAGAAAAAGUAGAAGGAGGCAUACGGAAUAUUUCCAACCAGCUCUCUAUCACAACCAAGAUUGACAGAGAACACCCAAAACUGAAGGAAUAUGCCAAAAGCAAUGGCUGGUGGGAUGGGGAAAAGGAAUUUGAUUUUGCUGCCACAUAUUCUUAUGUCAAUACUGCCAGAAUGACCACAUCUGGAGGCCGAUAUUGUGAAGGCUAUAAACUUCUGAACAAACACAAAGGAUCUAUCACUUCUGAAAUAAUGAUGGAAAUUCUUCGUGACAAAGAGAGUGGCAUUAACAUGGAAGGUGGAUUUAUGACAACUGGCAGCAUGGUGUCUGUACUGCCUCAGCAGCCUAAUCUGCCCUGUAUUCACUUCUUUACUGGAACUCCAGAUCCUGCCAGAUCUGUAUUCAAGCCUUUCAUUUUUGUGCCCGGUAUUACUCCGUUAUUAAAAACUACAUCCCCUACAUUUGGUCCUGAUGAUCCAGUUAAGAAGCAACCACGUUUUCAGAGUAAGCCAGAUCGAAGACAUGAGCUCUAUAAAAAACAUGAAAGCGCUGCUGUAGUUAUGGAAACUACCAAGGACAAAGGUAAAGAAAUGCUCAAAGAGAUACAGGAGUUGGAGAAACAGAAGAUAAGUCAAAUGGAAUCAAUCCUGCAAAAUGGAUGCCUUGAUACUAAACAAGUGGUUAAUCUUUUUUCACAGUGUGUAGAAGAAGAACUCAAAAUAUAUGGCUAAGAAUAUUAUUUGAAUGUGGUAAAAUUAGAAUUAUAAUUGGGUUUUCUAAUGAAGAAGCUAAAUAGAUUAACAUCCUGUUUUCAGUGUAUCACAUAGCAUGGACAGUUUUAAAGAUGCAGAUUCAUAUUUAGGACAAAUGGCUUUCAAGUAUAAAGAAGAAUGCUGGAAAGGCUCCUAAGAGCCAGGCAGUGGCAUUGUACAUGGCACAAAGCUGUCAGCAGAUUGAUUUUGCUAACAAACAAUGCAAUUAGAUGCAAUCAGAAUGAAAUAGCUUGACUAAAUUAGUCAACAGCCCCAUCUCUGAAUGAAGAACACUAACUCAGCUCUGGAGAAUGCAGUUUUAGCUUUUAUAGUCAGGAGAAUUGUAGCAGAGGUUCAGACUACCUGAAUUAAAAUGGCCGUGCUGAAGACUUUCUAAAAUGUAGAAGCUAUGAUGAACCCUGAAGAAAAAAGAAAGUGACACAAAAACCAAGUAA